UCCUCUGGUCUAAAGUCAUUAAUAAAAACCACUUACUUUCUCAAUGUGGAAAAAACCUUAAACUUGCUCCACUAACUGGUCUUCAAACACUUCCGUACUCCCCCAUAAACAGCUCACCCCCCUCAUUGCUGUCGUACAGUCAGUGUUUAGAGGAAACGCAGUGACAGUGUGUGUUGUUUGACAUUGUACGCGGGAUCAUGUUUGUCGUUUUGUUUUCCUCUUGUCUGCUGUUUUUUCCUUUGAAAGCGGAUUCUCACAGCGCACGCCGUGUGUCAGUGGAGGAAGGAGAUACGUUAACAUUAAAAUGUGUGUUUCCUGCUAAUGACGAAUCCAGCAUGCAGUGGGCGACACCGAGGGGCUUUACAUUAUAUUUCAAUGAUCAGAAAGUUUUAAAAGACAGAAGAUUUGAGCUCAUUCGCUACUCAAAGAAUAGGCUAAUUAUUCGCCUCUCCAACGUGACCGUAGAAGACGAAGGAAUGUAUUCGUGUUUGCGAUACAGCCACCCAACCCAGAGAAGGGACAUUAAUGUAACCGUGUUAGCUGUUCCCACUAAACCUGUGUUGGGUUUUACUCUAAUCCCUGGGAGCAGCAACACACAUUAUGCAAUACUGAAUUGUUUUACGAGCGGAUGCAAACCUCCUCCCAAAAUCACGUGGCUAAUUGAUAACACAACUGAAGUAUAUGGUAAAACAAGGGCGAGUUUUGAAAAUAAUGGAAAAAAAUGUAACGCCACCAGCACGUUACGGAUCAACGCGUUUACAUACAAUUCGACUGUCACAUGCAUCGUGAGACACAAAACACUCUAUCCCGGACACCUGGCGGCUUCUUUCGCAUUUCAUGCAUUGCCUGCCCAGACACCCCCAAGUUCAGUUACUUUAUCUCCCAUUCCCGUUACUUCCCAGGAUUUUACAGCUGCCCAGACACCCCCAAGUUCAGUUACUUUAUCUCCCAUUCCCGUUACUUCCCAGGAUUUUACAGGGUCGGUGACAUCUGAUGCUACGUCAGACAGAGAUAUUUGGUUAUCAGCUGACCCCAGCCCCAGAAAUGAAUUAAAUGUAACUGACAGCAUACAUAUCACAGCAGAGACAGUAACAUCUCCUCACAUCCACGGAGAGAAUGUAUCGUCAGCCCAUGAUGUGAAAACAGCAAGCGAAUACAAUGUGACCAACAAUGAAAAUUCAACGUCUGAAUUCGAAGUGCGUGACAGGAAAUCGAGCAGCGUCCUAGUUAUGGUGAUGGUGUCGCUCAUGGUUUGCGUUCUGCUGUCCAUUUUCUACCUGUUCCUAAUGAAGCUGAUACGAGAACAUUCAAAAUGGAGGAAAGAGAAUGAAAUAUCGGACCAAACGCUGGAAAGUGCGAGAUCUAGGUCUGAUAACGAAGGCAAUUUCAACCAGACAAAGACGGGUCAGGUUGUGCUCCAGAGUGCCUCGGUCCAGUAUACAAAGGAAGAAUCUGUGUGAAACCGCGGAGAAUCCAGAAUCAGCGAGGAAAUAUCUGGCGCCGCCUGUUAAUUACCGCUCUUUGCUACGUGACAAAUCUCAAAUUCUUUCUGGAAGUUUUAAAACACUUGUGUUUCCAGAGGGAGGAUUCUAAGUGGUUAAUGUUGCAUUUACUAAC